AUGAAGCUGCUGGGAAAGACGCCGCCUCUACUGCUGCUGCUGGCUGCUGCCGCCGCCGACACAGGUCACCAGCGGAACCACGGAACCAUCGGCAGCACGUUCGUCAACACGGUCCGUACUCGGGGCGGAGCGCCCGGCUACGGUGGCUUCUCGGGCGCCCGGCCGGCCUCCUCCGCGCAGCGUGAUUUCAACGGCGUGGCCAGCGAGUAUACGCUGACUAACGGCCAGUACGCCCUCGCAGCGGCCGACUACAGCGGUAACGGGCUCAGCGGACAGUCCGGCGGCUUCACCAGAGCAACUGGAGGGGCACGGGGCGGCCACAGGCCGGCCGGGCUCAACAACGUCAACGGAGGAUACAAUGGAUUCGGUCGGAACGGGGGCGGGUUUACCAGAGCUAACAAUGGAUAUACACCAUUAGCAUCUGGGUUUACAGGACAAGGCCAGGGCAGUUUCAGGCCGGGCGCGGGGUAUAACGGGAACGCAGCUGGAUUCGGCGGCACCGGGGCGACAUUCGGCGGCUCCGGGCCGGCGUUCGGCAGCUCCGGGGCGACGUUUGGUAGCGCCGGGGCGACGUUCGGCAACUCUAGACCCUCAUUCGGUGGUUCCGGACCCUCGUUCGGCGGCUCCGGAGUGCCGGGGGUCUCCGCAGGGGGCGGGUCGUUCCGCGGAGCUCACGUCGGGGGCCACUCGGCCUAUGGCGGGUACAGUGUGCCGGGUAGCGGCGGCUCGGCAGGCUCCAGCAACCCCUACCUGAACCUGGAGGCGCUGCUGGGUGGCCAUGGUGAUGGACUGGACGCGGAGGGCGGUGGAGGUCGGUUCGGGCGCGAUUCGAGCCGGUUCGCUGGCCGACCUCACAUCGGAGGUCACACGCCGUUCGGCGGAUACAGUCCGCCGGGCACUUACGGACGGGAGAGGGACCAGGAGGCCGCCGACGAGUCGGACCAAUAG